CGAUUGGACCCCAGCAUAGUGUCUGAAAUUACAAUGCAAGGUAUUUCUACCAAAGUAAGGUUCAUGGAUAUAUCCAGGCCUUAUCCGGUUAUCCGGGUGGACAUUUUUAAAGCUAUUAUGUAUAACUUUCGCAUUGAUUUCCUUCAUUUUGAUGGCUUGCAUGGCUGGCAAAAGCAAUCGCCAGGCCAUCAUCGAGAAAGAAGCCUACACCAUUCCGCAGAUCAAAAAGGCCUGCAAGGCUGGUACUGGCUGUGGUGGCUGUGUCACACCGGUGGGAGAAGUGCCGAAGCUCCUGGCACACACUCUGAAGAAGCUGGGAAAAGCCACAGCCACCGGCAUUUGUGCUCAUUUCAGCUACUCCAGGCGGGAGCUUUUUGAUAUCAUCAAGGUGAAGGAGUUGAAGUCCUUUGAGGAAGUGCUGUCAUCUGUGGGGCAGGGUUCCUGCGAUGGCUGUGAACUGUGCAAACCCAUCGUGGCCUCGAUCUUGUCAGGCCUUUGGAAUGAUCAUGCACUGAAGGCCGGCCGGGACCAGAUUCAAGACACCAACGAUCGGUUCUUGGCCAACAUCCAGAAGACUGGAACCUACUCAGUGAUCCCGCGAUGCCCUGGGGGUGAUAUCACCCCUGACACACUCAUCGCGUUUGCCACCACUGCCAAGAAGUAUGGCCUUUGGACUAAGAUCACUGGCGCCCAACGUUUGGGCAUGUAUGGUGCCAAGAUCCAUGACCUGCCGGACAUCUACAAGGAGUUGGUGGAUGCUGGCAUGGAAACAGGACCCCUUCUGUAG